CAAUAUGCAUACAAAAACUCAACAGAUAUGGAGCAUGUGGUGGCCGAAACGCUCAACAUCAUUCAUAAUGAAGGAGAGUCAUUUUCCCAAAGGGCAGAAAUGUACUAUAGGAAGAGGCCACAGCUGAUAGGUUAUGUUGAAGAAGUCUUUCGAGCAUAUAGAGCAUUGGCACAGAGAUAUGAUCGUAUAUCAAAGGAACUUCAAAGUGCCAACCGUACUAUUGCCACUGUUUUCCCAGAACAAGUCCAUUAUGGAAUAGAUGAGAAUGAUGGUGAAGAAAAUUUCCGUGGAUCAAAGUCAUCAUCAUCAUCUCAAAACCCCAUCAAUCAAACACCAAAAAAGGACAUUCCUAAACCUCCAGAUAUACCGAACGAUUUUAGAAAACGAUGUCCAGUUAGGAGGAUUCCUAGCUCUGCAAAAUCUCCUCCCAUUAGUCCUACUUCAGGUCUGAGUACGGCUGAAGCACUAGAAGAAGUUGACAAGCUUCAGAAAGAAAUUUUGGCACUGCAGACUGAGAAAGAAUUUGUAAGGAGCUUGUAUGAGCAUUCCUAUGAAAAGUAUUGGGAAAUUGAAGACAGGAUUACAAAUAUGCAGAGAAGAGUUUGCAAUUUUGAAGAUGAGUUUGGCAUUAAUAAUAUCAUAGAAGAUAAUGAUGCACGAGCUUUGAUGGAAGCAACUGCUCUAAAUUCAUGCAAAGAAACCCUGCUUAUGUUGCAAGAGGCAAUGGCACAAUCAUCUGAAGGGACUAAAGAAUCGUAUCAAAUGAUUAAGGAAGCUCAAGGCAAGCUUAAAAUCCUCAGAGAUGGACUUUUUUCUGAAGAUAAAAGUGAACUAGACCGAGAAAGCACAGAGGAAGAAGAUGUGUUUAGCUUGGAAAAAGAAAUGCAUGAGUGUGAAAUCAGUGAAAAGCUUGAGAAAGAUUCAGGUAGUUCCCUCACUUUGGCAGAAAUGGCUGACAAGAUUGAUGACCUUGUAAAUAAGGUUGUUACGCUGGAAACUGCAGUCUCUUCUCAGACUGGCUUAGUUAAGAGACUGAGAUCAGAAGCAGAAGAACUUAAGAAAAUUACACUCGUCUUGGAAGAGGAUGAAGAAAUGCUAAUAGAAGAUUCAGAAGAAACCAAAAAGAAGCUGGAAGAAGUUGAAGAAAAGUUGAGGAGAGCUAAAACUCUCAAUCAAAGAGUCAAAAGGCGACGCAACAGCCUCCAAAGACUCUUUACUAGGGCUAAUUUUGAGCUUGAAUAUCUUUCAGCAAAAAUAAAUAAUGUGAAGCCAGAUGAGGAGGGAGAGAACUUGGUACUUUACAAAAACAGAAGUGCAUCAGAUGUAGAACUAAAAGAGGAGCCUAAAAAACUAAGUGAUGAUAACACAGAAACCAAGAAGGAUCUUAAGACUACAAAGGAGAAAAAGGAAGACUACAGUGUGAAUCUUGGUGAUGUUAGAAAUGAAGAUAACGAGUACAAUUGGAAUAAAACUAUUGAUUUAAUGAUUGAAGACAUUCCAGAGUUAAUUCCGCUGAAUAAGGAUGAUUUUUCUGGGUCAAAGAGUAAUCUUGACACUGAAUCACUCGAUCAGGUAACUGGUGAGAAGGAUCAAACUAAGUGGAGUCAGAUAUUUGCAAGUGGAUUAGAUGACAGAGAAAAGAUAUUAUCGGAAUUCAAUUCAGUUUUAAGGAACUACGAGGAUGUAAAGGGCAAACUCAAUGAUGCGGAGAAGAAAAAUCAGGACAACAUUUUGGAGUUCGCACUUCAGAUAAGGGAGUUGAAGGAUACUGUUGAAACUAAGGAAAAAGAGAUCAACAUUUUACAGCAGAAGCUGACCUGCUCUGAAACAAGUCCAGAAGAAAGUCCUCGCAUCACUCUCCCAGAUUAUAACCACACACCACAAGAAGCACUUCUUGGAAUUGCACCUCAUGAAACAGAGACACAGGACACAGAAAAUCCAACUUCAAACACAGGUGCAGGUGCAGGUAGUACUUCUGAUGUAGAUCACCACCAACAAUGUGUUGAUAAAAAAACAAAGAUUGGCAUACUAGUGAAGGUGACAUCUAACCAGCAUAACAGGAGCCGUUCACUUUCAAUCUUGGAGAAGAAAUUUCGUUCAGCCAUUAAUAUAUUGCUAGAGGAGAACCUUGAGUUCUGGUUGAGGUUCAGCACUUCAGUGCACCAGACACAGAAGUUCCAUGAUUCCAUAGAGGACUUAAAAUGUGAGCUUAGAAGCAUAAGGGACGACAAUAUGUCCCACGAGAACUUAAAUAUCAUGCACUCUGAAAUAAAAGCAAUAAUUAAACACCUGAGAGAGAUAAGAACUGAGUUAUUACUAUGGUUGGAUCACAAUGAGGUUUUGCAUGAAGAGUUACAACGUAGGCACCCAUCAUUGUGCACCUUACAAGAUGAAAUAGCAAGAGCAGCAAAUCCAAAUUGUGCAUCCAAUAUGGCAGAACUUAGUGGGUAUCAGGCUGCAAAGUUUCAAGGUGAGGUUCUCAACAUGAAGCAAGAGAACAAGAAGGUUUGUAGUCAACUGCAAGCAGGUGUCGUUUUUGUGAAGGGAUUGAAAGGCCAAGUUGAUAAGAUGCUACAAGAACUGAGUAAAGAAAUAGGGGUUAACAAUCAAGACCAAAUUACAAAACAAUCCACAAGUCGAGCUAGAAUACCCUUGAAGUCUUUUCUGUUUGGUGUCAAGUUAAAGAAACAAAGGCAACAAGUCAUUGAAUGUGAGAGUCCAGCAGGGCAAAGACAAUACAGUGAUCUAGCAAUUGAUGAUGAUGACCUUGACUAG